AUGGAACACCUCAGACGCCCCCACUUUGGCAAGAGCCACUCCCACGACAAGAAGGACAAGGAUGCCAAACGCGAGUCGAGUCUGGGCCGUCAAGCUGUAAGAAACAUUAAGCUCGAUAUGGUCGUUGAGUCUCCUCCGGUCUUGUUCCUCGACAGCCCCCAGCAUUCCUCGGGUUCUCUCUUCUCUGGCCGCAUGCAACUCAUUGUCAAUGGUCCAGCUCCCGCUGCCAUCAAGUCAUUCACCCUCGCAUUCAGAGCCACUACCACCACCAAGCGUCCUGUAGUAGACCACUGCAAGGAGUGCUCGUCCAAGUCCCAAGACCUCAAGGAGUGGAGCUUCCUGGGCGACAAUGUCGAAUUGGCUCACGGCACCCACGACUACCCUUUCAGCUACCUGAUGCCUGGCCAUCUCCCCACCACAGCUCAUGGACACAUUGCCAGCAUCGACUACAAGCUUGUUGCUCGUGCCGAGACCGUCACUGGCGAAGUCGCAGAGUACACUCGUCCAGUUGUUAUCAACCGCGCCAUUCGCCCCGGAAACGACAAGAACUCUGUCAGAAUCUUCCCCCCUACCAACCUCACACUCAACGUCACUCUACCUUCGGUCAUUCACCCCAUUGGUGAUUUCCCCGUCUACGCCCGCAUGUCUGGCAUUACCACCAAGAAAGAAGACACACAAAUAAGAUGGCGUCUCAGAAAGUUGACAUGGCGUAUCGAGGAACAAGAAAAGUUUGUCUCACCAGCAUGCCAAAAGCACAUGGGCAAGGUCGGCGGUGAGGGAAGAGGCAUUCAGCACGAGCACACCAGAGACAUCGGCAGUGACGACCUCAAGUCUGGCUGGAAGACUGAUUUCUCCGACGGUCAGCUUGAAGGCGAGUUCACUGCUUCCAUCGAUAGCGGCUUGAAGCCUCAAUGCGAUGUCGACAGCCCUUCAGGGCUCAAGAUCAGCCACGUCCUGGUCUUAGAGCUGGUUAUUGCCGAGGAAUGGGCACCCAACAAGAAGCCCAACCAAGCAACUCCCACUGGCGCUGCUAGAGUUCUUCGCACCCAGUUCAACAUCAACGUCACUGAGCGUAGCGGUAUGGGCAUCGCCUGGGAGGACGAGCAGCCUCCUCUUUAUGAGGACAUUCCCGCCAGCCCUCCUGGUUACCGCGUUGAGAUCGAUAAUUACGACGGAUCUGAACUCAACGAGGACGUGGAUCAGCUCCACCUUUCAUGA